AUGUCUUCAUUAGGAUACUAUGUUGCUGGUAACAAUUCCAUCGAAAUUGAAGUAUUAAAACAAGAAUGUGCUGAAUGGUCUGUUCAAAUUGGUUGUCAUACCGAUGUCCUAUCAGAUAUUACUAAUCGACAACGACCGGCAGUUAUUUUUCUAAGAAGAUCUUUACAACCAAAACGUCUUCAACUAUGUUCAUCCUAUGGUGGACUUCUUUUUCUUCGAAGUCCUGACGCUUCUGGAUGUUCUAUUACUGUUUCUCUGAACAAUGUUGUUCUCACACCGACAUAUAAUCUAGCUGAUCCAUAUCGUGUUUGUGCUUGGGAACAAAAACGAAAAACUGCUGACGGUUUAUGGGCAGAUAUUAAUAGUUUAUAUAUUGCAUUUAAUAUGCCCUCAUCCAGUGUAUUGAUCAUAUUAGCUAACCAUGAUCUUCGUGGAACAGUGCCAAUUCGACGAGACCGAGUCGUUGCCGAUAUACAGCCUGUUGUUGGUGGCAUGCAUGCUGGUUACCCAAUAGUCACCAUGAUGGAUGUGGUUAAUCCGAGUAAUAGAGCGUUCAUGUUGAAUAUUGAUUAUCUAAAGGACAAAACCAUUGAACCGACUCCCGGUCUUAGAUGGGCAAUGUUUCAUGAACUUGGUCAUAACAUGCAACGGGAUUGGUGGACAUUUAAUGGCACCCGCGAAGUGACCAACAAUAUCUUUGUCUUACACGCUUUAGAAACUAUCUGUCAAGUUCGACCAGGAUUUUAUGCGUGGGCAGACCAACAAAUGUCGAAAGCACGUGAAUAUAUAAAAAAUGGAGCAAAUUUUGUUAAGUGGAGAGAGGAUCCGCUGCUUGGCCUUCUUAUCUACACUCAACUGGCACAACAAUUUGGUUGGAGUAAUUAUAAAGCUGUUUUUCGCUACUAUGAAAAUAAUAAGCCUAAUUUAACUAAUGAUCAGCAAAAGAUUGACUAUUGGAUCGUAACAUUUUCUCAACAAGUUAAAAAGAAUCUUAUACCACUGUUCAAAUUUUGGGGUUUUCCAAUUUCCGCAUCAACUGUAAAAACGCUAUCUACUCUUCCAACGGCUGUCAUUUCCGAUGAAAUCAUUCAAAUCGAUCCAAAACGAUAUACCUUAUAA